AUGGUGGAAACCUCGAGACAGGCUGCAGAGCACACCAUCGACUCACGUAUCAGAAACUGGCUCCGACCUGCUGAUGCGUCCAUCAACUACGUCACUGCAUCCGGGUUAUGUCAUCCAGGGACAGGUGCUUGGUUUUUAAAGAGUCCGGUAUACAAAAAGUUCUUACAAGCUCCUCAUGGCCGUCUAUGGCUCCGCGGUAUUCCUGGCUCUGGAAAGACUGUCCUUGCAUCCACCAUAAUCAAGGAACUUCGAUGUGCUGAUGAAGGAUCCGAAUCGGCCAUUAUCUACUUUUUCUUUUCGUUCAGCGAUGACUCAAAACAAAGGCUAGAACACUUGGUACGCUCUUUGAUUUUCCAGCUUUCCGGUCUACAUAAAGCUGGAAGGGCUCGUUUGACGAACCAUUUUGAAAAGCAUAAUGACCGCUACGAGCAACCGCCUACAGAGAGCCUGGUCGAACUUCUUGAUCAAAUGAUUUGUGACUUGCGGAGCGUCACUAUCGUCCUCGACGCGCUUGACGAAUCUAAUGGGACGCAGUCUAUCCUACAAUGGAUCACUUCACGCAAUCGCUGCAAGUUCUUGUUGACCGGACGACCAGAAAGAGAUAUCGAGGAAGCGCUUACCCAGUGGUUGCCUUCUAAUUGUGCUAUAACACUUGAGAACGAACCUGUGGACGAUGACAUCAAGGCAUAUGUACACCACAAACUUGGAACCGAGAAAAAUCUGAGCCGCUGGAAAUCCAUGCACAACUUGAUCUCGGACACACUUGUGGAGAAGGCGGGCGGAAUGUUUCGAUGGGUAUAUUGCCAGCUUGAAGAGCUCUCCGGGUGUUUGGAUAAACCUGCCGUACGACUCAUGUUACAGACUCUCCCUCUCGACCUCAAUAAUUCCUAUGACCGUAUCCUCCAGAACAUACCGCGCUCGCGAGUUCCCAACGCCAUCAAGCUUCUACAGUUUCUUGCUUUCUCAAACCGACCGAUGUCGCUUCGAGAGCUAGUAGACGCCAUUGCAACAGAUCCAAAUUCUAGCAUCCUAUUCGACGUAGAAGAUCGGCUGGCGCCGCCUGACACCAUUAUCGGGUACUGUUCGAGUCUCGUAAGACUUACUGGUCAGACCGUGGACUACAAGCAAGCUGGAUCUGCAUCUGCAUCUGCACUUCUAUAUGCGUCUAGUAUUGGACCCGCGCCUGCAUCCGAAGCUGGAUCUGAACUUCACAUUAAAGCUGGAUCUGACGCUAAAUCUGACGCUGAAUCUGAGACAGAGUACGGAUACGAACCACAGCUUGAGCUAGCUCACUUUUCUGUAAAGGAGUAUCUACUUCUUCAUCGCAACGAAACGCCCUAUCAGGAAUAUUUCCAGAUACCGACAGCAAAUGCUACGAUUGCUUCAACAUGUUUGGCCUAUCUAUGGACACUCCAAAAACUCCACCUAACCAAACUCAUGGAUGCAACCCACGGAAUGGAAAAACAUGAGAUCCGAACAAAAUUUCCUCUUACGGACUUCGCUACUCGACAUUGGCUUGAUCACGCGAGGCUCGCUGGUGAAAACCAAGAAAAGUUGUUCUUUUGGACAAGCAAGAUCUUUGUAGACAAGCCGUUCAUGGAGUUCUGGCUGCAGUUCUACAACCCUGCCCUGGGAUGGGGUCUCAGGCUAUUGUACGCCAAGGUUACAACACCUGCGUUGUACUACGCAUCACUCGGUGGUCUAGAUAGAUCGAUCAGACUUCUCCUUGAUAGAGGUGCGUAUAUAGAUGCA